AUGUUCCAAGUCAAGACCCUCCUCACCCUUCUCCUCUCCACCUCUCUCACCGUCGCCCUCCCAGCGGUCGAGACUCGCGACUGCGCCUACACCUGCGGCAGUGUGUGCUACUCCUCAUCCGCCGUCUCCGCCGCUGCAAAUGAGGGCUACAGCCUCGAGCAGUCCGGCGACGACGUCAACGACUACCCGCACGUCUACAACAACUACGAGGGCUUCGACUUCAGCGUCGAUCCUACCUACUAUGAGUUUCCCAUCCUAAGCUCUGGACAGAUCUACAGCGGUGGUUCGCCCGGUGCGGACCGUGUGAUUUUCAACGAGGAUGGAGAGAUUGCGGGCGUGAUUACCCACACGGGGGCCAGCGGAAACAACUUUGUUUCCUGCUAG